AUGUCUGCUGCUCGUUUUUCGAACUCCCUUUCCAAGAUAUACAGGCCAAUUUCAAAUUUCCGUAAGCCAUUGGCUUUGAAUAGUGUGCAACAACACCAACAACUUAGAUCUGUUGUUUUUGUCCGUGGCCAGCGUGUACAAGGUUUAAUAAGGGAUCCAAGUGAAGUCCUUUCAUCGGACGGAGUACAUUACGAUGCCUCCAAUAAGGAGAUUCUCACCCAUAUUAAGUCAUACAUUAACUCACUCAACUUGUCAAACAAAAUUGAAUUAUCUGAUACUCUCCUUUUACAGAUAAUCACACAUAAAUCCUUUGCACACGGAUCCAAACCAUAUAACGCAAAUCUUGCCUUCUUUGGGGAACAGUUGCUACAGUUUGUCUCAACAAAACACGUCUUGAAUCAAUGCAAUGGUGAACUCAACGCAAUUGGAUCAUUUGCACAUCGUCUUAUGUGGUCAGAUAGAUUAUUAGCUGCAUUUGCCGAAUCGAAAGGUAUUGAUUCCAUUUUCUUCUGUAGGAAAGCCCUGCCAACGGGAAAAACCGACCAAUUGUACAAACCAAAGGGUAUCUACUCAACCAUUACCUCAUCCUUGGUGGGUGCAAUAGGAGCAAAAUACGGUAAGGCAGUUGCUGAAGAAUUUAUCGAGAAGGAGCUCAUUCCAUCGUUCAAGAAUUAA